CGCCAAAAAACCACCCACCGUUCGAAAGGGGGAUGUGGAAUUCCCAACUCAGAACCCGGCUCAUUUCUCGUCAACCACAAAUCGCCAAAGCAACACCCUCGCGACCGUUCCACGCCCGCUCCCUCCCGCAAUACGCCUGCGUCGUUGACCCCUCGACGCCAACCACGAUGUCUGGAUCUGAGGGCCGCGCUACGAACAUGCCUCCUCCGCAGCCGGACUACUCGACCUGGAGCGCACCCGAUCUGAUCUCGCGUAUCACAGAGCUCGAGAAACAGCUGCAGUCGCGGACGGCGGAGUUUGCGCCAGCGACUGCUCCGGCUCCUGCCACUGCUCCGGCUGCAGGCGCUGGGGACCCCGCUACAGCAAAGGCCACAGGCGCAUCAUCACCGAACCCGCUGCCGCACAAGAAAGCGAAAAAGAACCCUCCCAGCUCCGAAGACUUCGCGCACACGCCGGCCCCGACCCGAAUCCCGAAGCAGGCGCGCGAGCUGGAUCCCUCGAAAUACCACACGCGGUUCAUAGCGCUGAAGUUCGCGUACCUGGGCCAGCGGUAUAAUGGGCUGGAGCACACGACGGGGAACGCGACGCCGCUGCCGACGAUCGAGGAGGAGAUGUGGAAGGCGUUGCGGCGGACGAGGCUGAUUCUGCCGACGGGGGACACGCCGUCGGAUGCGCAGUUUGGGGACCCGCGCCAGCCGAGGGCGCUGAAGGCGUACACGCUGAACUGGGAGGGGUGUCAGUAUUCGAAGGCGGGGCGGACGGAUCGUGGAGUCAGUGCGUUUGGGCAGGUGAUUGGGAUCCGGGUGCGGAGUUCGCGGCCGAAGCAGAAGAAGGUGGCUAAGCCGGAGGCUGCGGCGGCGACUACGGGGGAUACGGAUACUACGAUGAAGGAAGGGAAUGAUACUCCGGUGGAGGAAGAGAGGGCCCCGGAUGAGGGCUGGGAUGAUAUUAGGGACGAGCUGCCGUAUAUCACGAUCCUGAACUCGGUGCUGCCGGAGGAUAUUCGGGUUCUGGCGUGGUGUCCUCAUCCGCCGGAAGGCUUCGAUGCUCGGUUCUCUUGUCGGGAACGCCAGUACAAGUACUUCUUCACUCAGCCGGGCUUCUUCCCCACGCCCGGGGGCCAAGGACUCGAAGGACGCGAGGGCAACAAGAACCCCAAGUUCAGAGAAGGAUAUCUGGAUAUCGAGGCGAUGCGUAAGGCCGCCAAGUUAUUCGAAGGCGUGCACGACUUCCGGAAUUUCUGCAAGCUGGACACCAGCAAGCAGCUCGAGACCUUUGAACGGAAGAUCUACCAUUCCGAUAUUGAGCUGGUAGACCCCAAGAGCAUCCCGCUGGGUACUCUAGGUCGGGCUGGACUAUCGAUCCACGGGGAUGCGGUUGCCAAGGAAGAUCCGCCGACGCCUGAGAGCGCUCAGCCACAUACUGCCCCGGUCUAUGUGUUCCACCUUCAAGGAUCUGCCUUCUUGUGGCACCAGGUUCGACUCAUGGUGAGCAUUCUGUUCCUUGUGGGUCAAGGAUUCGAAUCGCCGUCUGUUGUCUCCGAGUUACUGGACAUCACCAAGAACCCACGCAAGCCAUCGUAUACAAUGGCUUCCGAUGCGCCCCUAGUACUGUGGGACUGCAUUUUCCCGGACCUCAACGGCAACAGCCGUGAAGAUGCCCUGGAUUGGGUGUAUGCCGGAGAUCCCAGGCAGAUCCAAGCCACGACUGGAAAGGGCAAUGGCAAAUUUGGAUUUUGCGGGGUUGUGGAGGGGAUCUGGAGUGUCUGGAGGCAGCGCAAGAUCGACGAGAUUUUGGCCGGGGCGCUUCUAAACCUGAGCAUCAACCAAGGAGAUCAGCGUCUUGUCGAUGGUGAACUGUACGACGAGGGCGGAAUCAAACGGAACAGGGGACAAAAGGUCUUCAUCGGUGGUAACGAAACCCGCAUCGGUGGAAAGUACAUUCCGGUCAUGCAACUGAACAAGAAUGACCCGGUGGACGUUCAGAAUGCCAGGUACCGAGCCGAGAAACAGCGAAAGGCUAACCUGAAGGCUGCUCAGGCGGAGCGAAUGGAGAUGUAGAAAGAAAAUCAUGUAUAUACAUACCUUGAUAGAAUCUAGAUAUAGACGUUGGUAUACUCCAAC